AUGCUAUGGCCCGCCUUCGAGUCCUUCCUUCGAAGAUUACUGGCGCCGGAAGUUGCACUGGAUACUGCUGCUGUACAAAGUAGUGUCGACAGUGGCGUUGGUGAUGCAGAACGGAAAGGGGAGGGGAAGCGACGUACCCACCUUUGCUUUCAUAAGGUGCGUGAAAGUGGGAAUGUGGAGAGCAUUACUGCUCCAUAUGAUGUUCACCCAGACGUCUUGUAUAGGUGCAACCCCACAGUGUUGUUGGAGGAGGGCGUGGUGGGGUGGUUUUCUAUCAUUCCGUCCUGCGAUCAAACACCCAAAGGUGUGUUAUUCCCUUUUUCCACCCCUUCUAUGCAGACUAGCGUUGCUCGUUUGCUGAGAGGUUAA